AUGAAGUUAAAAUAAAUCUUAAAAGUUCUAAUGAGAAAGAAUAUUUCCAUAAACUAGCUAUAAAGUAUUAUGAACAAUCUAUUUUCUUAGCUAAACAAAUGGAUACGGUGAUGAUCAAUCAAAAAACCCUAAAGGAUUUGGAUAUAAUAGAAUAGUCAUUAUAGAUUGAAAUUCUGUGUUCUAAAAGAGCAUUUAUCUUUGAAGUCUGUUAAAAUGACAAAAUUGUUUAUAGCUUAUCAAAAAAAAGCUAAUAAUGA